CUCGUUCUCGUGCUCGGACUCGGACUCCUCGCUCGCUCGCCGAGAGAAGAGAAGAGAAGAGAAGACGAGACGAACUUGCACACGGAGCGGCUCGCGGUCCUCGACAUGGCUGACGGCGCGCAGAGCAGCGACGGCGAGAGCGGAGGAGCGCGGAUGCGAGGCUUCGCGCGGCAAGGCGCGCUCCGCCAGAAGAACGUUCACGAGGUGAAGGACCACAAGUUCAUCGCGCGCUUCUUCAAGCAGCCCACCUUCUGCAGCCACUGCACGGACUUCAUCUGGGGAUUCGGCAAACAAGGUUUCCAGUGUCAAGUGUGCUGCUUUGUGGUGCAUAAGCGGUGCCAUGAAUUCGUCACCUUCUCCUGUCCAGGUGCAGACAAGGGUCCCGCGUCAGACGACCCCCGGAGCAAGCACAAGUUCAAGGUACACACGUACUCGAGCCCAACGUUCUGCGACCACUGUGGCUCACUGCUGUAUGGACUCAUCCACCAGGGCAUGCGCUGCGACACCUGCAUGAUGAACAUCCACAAGCGCUGUGUGGCUAAUGUUCCCAGUCUCUGCGGGACAGACCACACUGAGCGAAGGGGCCGCAUCCAGAUCACGGCGCUUAUCAAGAACAAUCUGCUCACCGUCACCGUUAAAGAAGCCAAAAAUCUGGUGCCAAUGGACCCCAACGGUCUGUCGGAUCCCUACGUGAAGCUGAAGCUCAUACCAGACCCCAAAAGUGAGAGCAAGCAGAAGACCAAAACCAUCAAAUGCUGCCUGAAUCCGGUGUGGAACGAGACUUUUAAGUUUCAUCUGAAGGAGGCAGACAAGGACCGAAGGCUGUCUGUGGAGAUAUGGGACUGGGACCUGACUAGCAGGAAUGACUUCAUGGGCUCCCUGUCAUUCGGCAUCUCAGAGCUACAGAAGCAGGGAGUGGAUGGCUGGUUCAAGCUGCUCAGCCAGGAGGAGGGGGAGUAUUUCAAUGUUCCAGUGCCCCCAGAGGGGGAGGAGGGCAAUGAGGAGCUGAGGCAGAAGUUUGAGAGAGCCAAAAUUGGUCCAAGCACCAAGAACACAGAUAGCUCCUCGGCCAACGCCAUCGCCAAGUUUGACAGCAACGGCAACCGCGACCGCAUGAAGCUCUCUGACUUCAACUUCCUCACGGUGCUGGGGAAGGGCAGUUUUGGGAAGGUGAUGUUGGCUGACCGGAAGGGGACUGAGGAGCUGUACGCCGUCAAGAUUUUGAAGAAGGAUGUCGUGAUCCAAGAUGACGAUGUGGAGUGCACCAUGGUGGAGAAGAGGGUGCUGGCCUUGUCUGGCAAGCCACCCUUCCUCACACAGCUGCACUCUUGCUUCCAGACAAUGGACCGCCUCUACUUUGUGAUGGAGUACAUCAAUGGAGGGGACCUCAUGUACCAGAUACAGCAAGUAGGGAAGUUCAAGGAACCUCAUGCAGUGUUCUACGCAGCUGAGAUCGCCAUUGGCUUGUUCUUCCUACACACCAAAGGCAUCAUUUACCGGGACCUCAAGCUGGAUAACGUGAUGCUUGACUCGGAGGGACACAUCAAGAUUGCAGACUUCGGCAUGUGCAAGGAGAACAUGUGGGAUGGAGUGACAACCAAGACUUUCUGCGGCACACCCGAUUACAUCGCUCCAGAGAUCAUCGCUUAUCAACCAUACGGCAAGUCAGUGGACUGGUGGGCCUUUGGUGUCUUGCUUUACGAGAUGCUGGCCGGACAGCCCCCCUUUGACGGGGAGGAUGAGGAUGAGUUGUUCCAGUCCAUCAUGGAGCACCAUGUCUCCUACCCCAAGUCCAUGUCCAAAGAGGCUGUUGCUAUCUGCAAAGGGCUGAUGACCAAGCACCCAGGCAAAAGGCUGGGCUGCGGACCCGAGGGGGAGCGUGACAUCAGAGAACACGGCUUCUUCCGUUAUAUGGACUGGGAGAAGUUGGAGAACAAGGAGGUGCAGCCACCAUUCAAGCCCAAAGCAAAAAGCAAGAAGGACACGUGCAACUUCGAUAAGGAGUUCACCAAGAUGGCUGUGGAGAUGACCCCCACCGACAAGCUCUUCAUCAUGAACCUGGACCAGAACGAGUUCCUUGGCUUCUCCUACACCAACCCUGAGUUCAUCAUCCAGGUGUAACCUCACCAGGGGGUGCCAGGGAUCUUCCACCUGAGGCUAGCAUCCGUCUACGCGUCUGUGUCAGUGUGUAUGCGUGUGUGCUCAAGCUGUCUGCUCAGGGAGCUAUGACCUCGAUGAGCUUGACUUUCUGGAUAGGCAGAAACUUUGAAAGGGGUCAUGGGUUCACAUAAUUCUGAUGUUUUUUGUUAAUUCUUGUGUUUUUCUCUUCUUCUUCACUAUGAUAUCCAACUGCCACACCCACUCAGCACAGCCCUGCAGCAAGUCACUCACACUUAGGGCAGGCAUGUAUCAGGCUAUGUCCAGUAAUAUAGAUCUGCAUCAGGCCAUGCCCACUCACUGUAGGCCUGGGCAAUGUGGCUUUUGUUCAGCUGCAACAUACAGUAUCUUACAGUAGGGCUGGAGGAUGAGUGGCUUCAUAGCCUCCUUGCUGUCACCUCUAAUUACUUUCCCCUUUAUUUUUCUUUUUUUUUAAGACAUGAUCUGUAUUUAAUUGUCCUUUGCUCAGUCUUGCUGGAUUGUAGUCUUAGAGGUAAUCCAGUAUAAAAUUGAACCACAGUGCUAUGGGGGCCACAGGCACACACAAGCAACCCCAAGGAAGCUGUUUUUGCAGAACAGCAGCAGUGCAGGCCUCAGUUAUUUAUCUGUGGUUUGGUUUUUAACUGGCUGGUUUUUGAGCGAACUGUGUUUCCAGCUAAUGUACAUUUAAUUUGCUCAAGCCUAUUAGUUUAGAUUUGUGGCGUAAAGCUGCAGAGAAUAAUUUCCUGCACAUUAAGUCAAGUCAGAGUUUCAAGGGCACCUAAGCUUCCUUUUUUGUCUUUCUGUGCAGACGAUGGUCCAAAAAAUUGUAUGUACAAUGUAUUUGCGUUGUCAGGGUUCACAGGACCAUCAAUGCACAGUUAUAUGAAUGUACCACAAACCAAUUUUGACAACUCCACAGCUCUGUAGCAGCCUGGGAAGGAGGCACAGAGAGCGCGGACGGUUACCAUGGCAACUGGGGCAAAGCCACGUACCUUCAACAUAAUUAGUGCUGAACACCUCGUUUUUUUUUUUUUUUUUUUUGUUCUCACCACUGAAAAGUUAACUAGUUUCAAUAAGGAGCUCCCAUAAGCACCAUAUUCCAUGUUUAGACGUUAUGCAUUAAAUGAUAUCAAUAUGGGAAUAAAUCAUUUUGAUGAUUCACUGUUACUGGACUGACAGGCGCAGUUAAUUGCUAGGAUUUAUCACCAGGAUGAUCUUACUAAACAAAUUGUUAUUUUUAAUGGUAGAUGGUUUCACCUGCCCCCAACUCCCAUCCCACCCUGUUGCCAUGGUCACCUGCCAUUGCUGGACCAGAGGAUCAAAACUCGUACAGCUACAUUUUUGCUUCAUGAAGAUCAUGGUCCAUCUCCACGAAGAGAUGUUAAGGGGGUGAUGAACACACGUAUGAACUUUGACAAGCAGUGGCCCCUAUGUGAGUAACUGUACUGAUGCCACUUAAAAAGAAGAAGUAAUGGUUCUUCUAGAACUUUGUAGACAUGUGUGACAAGCCAGUUUAGAUGCCCUUGAAGGCACAGUCAAAGUUUGUGGAGAGCUGCGUUCUCUUCCAUUUUGGGUCUGCAGAGAAUGAAUGUAUGCUCCUGUUGCACCACGCAUCUGCCUGUUUGUCCGACUUCUGUGUCAGGGAAAAAUACACACGCGCACACACACACACACACACACACACACACACAAACACAAAAGUUUGUGUUCAUCAGCCUGGACUUUUCUCACACAGUACUGCAAGGUUAGUGCCUCUUACUCGCUUAUGCAAACACUCUGUCCAGACAGGAUUAGUGACAAACAUGGGUCACAUUAGACAGAAAUUUAUGAGCACAGAUUGUAGUGAAGUAAUUCAACAAACAAUAGUUUCUUUCUUUUUUGUCUAGC